UCAUGUACUUAUAGAUAAACACGAACAAUAAAAUCCCCAGUUGAUUAUAAAUACAAACACUCGUGUAGUACCAGUCAAAAUAAAGCGCUUCUAAUGUCUAAAGAGAUGCUAAUCGUUUUUGUCGCGAUUUCACUCCUUGGUGGUACCGAGUGUGGUAUUCUCUACCCUCGAGCAUCCGAAAGUCGCGAAUUGGUCACCCUCGACGGUCUAUGGAGCUUCGCUUCAACCAACGACACCAACCCCUUCCAAGGACACGUAGAGAAAUGGUACGACAUUGAUUUUCGAGCGACGGACGAUGUCGAGAUUCGAGCCAUGCCGGUACCAGCAAGUUAUAACGAUGUAGGUACUGACAGUGAUCUGAGAGACCAUGUGGGACCUGUCUGGUACCAACGCAAAUUUUACGUACCGGCGUCGUGGGAUGGACUAAAGGUUUGGAUUAGGUUUUCAUCAGUGUGUCGAGCAGCUGAAGUCUGGGUUAAUGGAGAACCUGCUACCACUCACGAUAUCGGUCACUUGCCGUUCCAAGCCGACAUAUCAAGUAUUGUUGUGUAUGGUGGAGAGAACACAAUCACGGUGGCUGUUGAUAAUACUUUACUUGAAGCGACGAUUCCUCAGGGGAUUGUUACAACUCUAGAAAGUGGACGAGUCAAACAAACCUACACUUUUGAUUUUUUUAACUACGCGGGGAUUGAUCGUCCGGUCGUACUUUACACAACUCCACAAACUUACAUAGACGAUGUAACAGUUAUAACCGACAUUGAUGGUACCAAUGGUUUUGUAAACUAUUCAGUGGUUGUCGAAGGUAGCGACACCGUCACUGCAAGAGUCAGUCUUUUCGAUAAAACAGGUACCGAAGUGGUUUCCGAUACGGUACUACAAGGUACUCUCUUCGUCCAAAACGCCAACUUGUGGUGGCCUUACCUCAUGGACCCCAACCCGGGUUACUUGUACACCCUCCAAAUCCAACUUAUCGAUCCUUCUGGUACUCUCAUCGACAAGUACUCGCUACCCAUCGGUAUCCGUACCAUCACUUGGGACUCGAAAAGUGUGAAAAUCAACGAUAAACCCAUCUAUUUGCGUGGUUUUGGUCGCCACGAAGACUCCGACAUUAAAGGCAAAGGUUUAGAUUUACCUUUGAUCAUUCGGGACCACAACCUGAUCAAAUGGAUCGGGGCCAAUUCGUAUCGUACUUCCCACUAUCCGUACGCCGAAGAAAUCAUGGAUUUGGCAGACGAAUUAGGGAUCAUGAUCAUAGACGAAAGUCCGUCUGUCAAUACCGAAAACUUCACGAGUGAAUUACUCGAGAAUCAUAAAAAAUCGCUGACUGAGCUUAUUCAAAGGGACAAGAACCGACCCGGAGUCAUAAUGUGGUCGGCUUCCAACGAACCCCAGACGGAGUACGAAGAAUCUGAGGACUACUACAGGCAGAUAGUUGAUCAUAUCAAAAGUUUGGAUGCCACUCGACCUGUGACAGUUGUCAAUGCGCAAGCACCAGACGAUGACCACUCUGGGCAGUUUCUAGAUGUAGCCUGUUGCAAUGUGUACCAUGGAUGGUACGAGGAACCCGGAGAUCUCGAUGUGGUGGUCACUGAAGUUGUGAAAGUGGCGAGACGAUGGAACGAACUUCACGAUAUACCGGUGAUCAUGACGGAGUAUGGGGCUGAUACUUUGGAAGGGUUUCAUUAUCUACCGUCGUACAUGUGGUCAGAAGAGUUUCAAAAUAAUCUACUGAGUAAGUACUGGCAGGCUUUCGACCAAAUGAGACAGGAAGGUUUCUUUGUUGGUGAGAUGAUUUGGAAUUUUGCUGACUUCAGGACAGAUCAAUCGUUUAUACGUUUGGGAGGCAACAAGAAAGGGAUUUUUACUAGAAACAGGCAACCGAAGGCUAGUGCUCACUUGCUCAGGAAACGUUAUUGGGCUUUGGCGCAGGAUUUGGACAAUGCUGAAGUACCGGACGACCUUGAGGACUACAUUUACGAAAGUACUACACUACGAGAUGAACUAUGAAAUAUUGUACUUUAACAAUGCGUUCAUUUUAAUAAAAAGUUUACAUAUUU